AUCGUCACCCCCCCUCUCUGCACUUUCUGUCCUUGACGACCACUCUCCCAAUCCCUCUUCCAUACUUAUACAGCGUAUCCAAACUUAAAUCCACUCUAUCAUUCCAAAGAUGGCUGAAACCCACGUCCGCGAAGACCAUGUCUACCUCGCCAAGCUCGCUGAGCAGGCUGAGCGUUACGAGGAGAUGGUCGAUAACAUGAAGAAAGUCGCCUCCUCAGAUCAGGAGCUGACCGUUGAGGAGCGUAAUCUCCUUUCCGUUGCUUACAAGAACGUUAUUGGUGCUCGUCGUGCCUCCUGGCGCAUCGUCUCCUCCAUUGAGCAAAAGGAGGAGUCGAAGGGCAACGAGGCGCAGGUCGCUAUGAUCAAGGGCUACCGUGAGAAGAUCGAGUCUGAGCUUGCUAAGAUCUGCGAGGAUAUCCUUGAUGUUCUUGACAAGCACCUGAUUCCUUCCGCUGCAUCCGGCGAGUCGAAGGUGUUCUACCACAAGAUGAUGGGUGAUUACCACCGCUACCUCGCCGAGUUCGCAACCGGCGAGAAGCGCAAGGAGUCUGCCGACAAGUCACUUGAGGCCUACAAGGCUGCAUCCGAUGUUGCUAUCAACGAGCUCCCCCCCACACACCCCAUCCGCCUCGGUCUCGCACUCAACUUCUCCGUGUUCUACUACGAGAUCCUGAACUCACCCGAUCGUGCCUGCCACCUCGCCAAGCAGGCAUUCGACGAUGCAAUUGCUGAGCUCGAUACAUUGUCCGAGGAGUCAUACAAGGACUCAACUCUGAUCAUGCAGCUCCUGCGUGACAACCUUACCCUCUGGACGUCUGACAUGCAAGAGAGCGCAGAUAAGCCGGAGGCAAAGGAUGAUGAGGCUGCUCCUGAGGAGGGUGCGUGAGAGGUUGAGGACCAUGGCCUGUUAUGAUGGUUCCUAAUUUUCCCUUUCUUCCACGCGACGUCCCCUUCUCAUGACCUCGCUAUCGUUUUUUUUCAUGUUUUGCAUCGUUUCAUCCCCGCAAUGAAAUCUUAUUAGCAACGUGCAUUUGGACUGUUUGCGUGUCUUGUAUCAUUCCCCCACAGGAUUGUGCAUUCAUUGAUCUGUUUGUGGUCUCUAGUCAUGGUGCGUUGCCCCCAAUUCAAUCUCCCUCGCAUACAUAACUCCGGCCAUGUCAGUAAUACAUUUGUCCAGG